AUCACUUUACUGGUCGAGUGUACUUCUACAGACACGUCGUUCUCUGCGUCAGUGUAUUCGCAGUAGAGACAGUUGAUUUUGUUUUACUUUUGAGCUAUGUGUAAUUUUAAAAGAAGCUAUUAGUGAACCGUGAAUAGUGAAGUUUAGGUACAAUAAAUACAUAGUGAAAAUCACCGGCAGUCAAGUAUAGACAAAGCAUGAGAGACAUCGCGUGGGUUUUGGUGGCAAGCAUCAGCUUAGCAUGGGGGGCGCCCGCGCCGGCCGAGCGCGUUGCAACGGCGGAUAUGUGCAUCCCCCUGGUGAUCGCACACCGCGGCGCUAGCGGCUAUGUGCCAGAGCACACCCUCGGCUCCUACGCCCUCGCCAUCACUCUCGGCGCAGACUACGUCGAGCCCGACCUCGUCAUCACCAGUGACGGACAUCUAGUAGCUCGCCACGACAACGAACUCGGCCUCACCACAGACGUCAGUAAACAUCAAGAAUUUGCUCACCGACACAAAACAAAAACCGUCGAUGGCAACGAACUUACCGGCUGGUUCACAGAAGAUUUCACCCUCGCUGAACUGAAAACUCUACGCGCCGUAGAACGCAUACCCGACGUAAGGCCAGGAAACGCGCGUUUAGAUGGAAGUUUUACGAUACCUACCUUCCAAGAAAUUAUUGAUCUCGUGAAAAGCCUACAAAGUAGCCAGAAACGAUUGAUUGGUCUUUACCCGGAAAUUAAACACAGCUCCUAUUUCAAGAACUUAGGGUUGCCGCUAGAACAAUUGGUGGUAGACACACUACACAGGAACGGUUACCGAGGCUCCAGAGCGCCGGUCUACAUCCAAUCAUUUGAGGUAACAAAUUUGAAAGAAUUGAAGAAUCUGACUGAGUUGAGGCUAUUGCAGUUAUAUGAGAGUGAUAAAUCGGUGCAGCCGUACGACCAGAUCGUGUCGGGUACAGGGUUGACGUAUGGGGACAUGGCGACCCCGGAGGGGUUGCGGGAGGUGGCGACGUAUGCCGCGGCUGUAGGCCCGGACAAGAGCUACAUCAUCCCUCGCGAUGCGAACAACAGGCUCGGACAGCCGACUACCUUCGUACAAGAAGCGCACGCAGUGGGUUUGAAGGUGCAUCCGUACACGUUCCGUGCAGAGAACGCGUUCCUUCCAGCUGAGUUCCACAACUCCAACACUUCACCCUCGGCUAUUGGAGACUUAUCCGGGGAACUGAGGGCAUACUUGGAGGCCGGUAUAGAUGGCCUCUUCUCUGAUCAGCCUGACAUCCCUCUACGAGUGCGAGGACCUUGUUUAUAAAGGUGCCCAUACACGCACACACUUAACCUUAUUUUAGUUUGACAACUCUUAAAUUAGUGCCAUCCUUCACUUACUAUACGUGCAAGAAAGAGAUGCAGCUAGUUUUAGUCCUUUCAAAUUAAGUUGAUGGCUGCCCGAAUCGACACCGUUACAUACUUAUUGUAAUAUAUAGUAAACUAAGAUUUAAAAGUGAAUAAGAACAAAAUAGUUAUAGACACGAGCAACAAUGCAACAUUGAAAAGUACAACCGAGACAGACUACGAGUUUAUCAUUUAGGAAUAAGGAAAAUGUAACAGAGAUGUUGAUAAAAAUAAUAGGUACUUACUUACUACCUUCUUGCAACAUGGUUGUAAGACUUGUAAGUCAACGUUAAUUGUAAUAAAUGUUACAACAGUUA